AUGGAUAGGACGUGGAAUGGGGCUAGGAAAAAUUCUGUACAGUCUGGCUCGGUAUACUUUCGAGGCCAUUACAGUACUAUUCUCGGAAGAAUUGCUGUUAUGACACUAAUUAUCUUUUAUAUUAUUGAAGUGGUUCUGUUUGGCGUCCUUUUGCGAUCUAUCUUUGCUGGGGCAAAGCUUACAGCGUCCCCUGCCCCAAAUAUCUUAGAUUGUAUCUUAAGUAGCCUGCCAAGGGAGGUCUAUGUACUUUACCUCUUGGUGCUAAUGGGCGAGCUAGGUCACCGUUCCGUCUACACCGAGAUUUUCUCGUACUCACAAAAACAUUUAGUAAUGGUGACUUUGAUGAUCAUUCGAAUUGAGCGAAGUAGGCCACACCCGGCUCUCUUGAAGGUCUUGAUACGUGAUGGCGUGUUUUAUUGCAUCUGCGGUGUUUUGCUAUCAACUGUGAACGUGGCUAUUUGGAUAAGGGCAAGGGUUUCAGUCGAUCUUGCACUCAAUUCUCGCUUCAAGGCUGCAGCUCCACCUGGUGAGCGAGAGCAAGAUAGAUGA